UCAUCAUGACUCUGUUGUGGCUCACAUUGUUGCUUUUUCAUGAAGGACAUACUCUGGUUCCAGUGGUCACAGUUGAACUGGGUCAGUCUGUGACUCUGACUUGUGAUUUUACCAUGAAAUAUCAGAGCAACACAUGGCUUUACUGGUACAAGCAGAGUCCUGGAAAUAUUCUGACUUUAAUUGUGAAGAUAACGAAAACCAUAAACCCUAACUAUGGACCAGAAAUCUCUCCUUCAAAAUUCAAUGCAACAUCAAAUGAGCAUAGCAGCAGUCUAACAAUUUUCACAACAGUUCAUGAAGAUGAGGGGAUGUAUCACUGCGCUCAAAUGGACAGACUUAACUCUGUAUGGAGUGGGACUUAUAUAUCAGUAAAAGGAAUCUCUAAGAGGACAUCAAACUACAAAGUGUUUUCACAGCCAACGGUCUCAGAUGCAGCCUCCCCCCAGUAUCAAAAGUCCCACUGGAAGGAACUGAAUAGUGUUUUGUUCCCUGUUCCAGAGAAUUGUGUCAUGAUUAUUCAUUACCUUGUUUCUGUUUAUAUUUUGACUUUAGUAGAGAACUACUUACAAUGCAUGGAAACCCAAAGAUAUUUAACAAAAUGAAAUAAAUCAUAAAAAUGAGAAGAGAAGCUCACUGUACAGGAAAUGCCCUUUGAUUGUAUAUUCUGAAGUAACCAAUCAGACGCAUUUGACAUUCACGAUCUCCCCACCUCCCCCAGUUACUACAGGAUAUUUUUUCUGAACGAAGACACUGUCACCAUGACUCUGUUAUGGCUCACAUUGUUACUUCUUCAUCAAGGCUAUGCAUCAGUUCCAGUGGUCACAGCUGAAGUUGGUCAAUCUGUGACUUUGACAUGUGAGUUUAAUAUGAAAUAUCAGAGCAACACAUGGAUUUACUGGUAUAAGCAAAGUGCUGGGGAUACUCUGAAUUUAAUCGUAAUGCAGCAGAGAACAACAACCUCAACCUAUGGAUCACAAUUCGAUGCUUCAAGAUUCAAUGUAGCAAACACCGGGGACAGCAGCAUUCUUAAAAUUUUCAAAACAGUUCAACAAGAUGAGGGAAUGUAUCACUGUGCUCAAAGGGAUACACUUGAAUCUACAUGGAAUGGGACUUAUUUAUCAAUAAAAGGAUAUAAGAGGACAUCAAACUACACUGUUGUUCAACAGCCAACGACCUCUGGUUCCAUCCGUCCAACUGGCUCAGAGACUCUGCAGUGUUCGGUCCUCUCCGACUCUGAGAACACAACCUGUUCAGGAGAACCCAGUGUGUUCUGGUUCAGAGCCAAAUCAGAAAAGUCUUUUCCUGACAUGAUUUACAUUGAUGGAAAAAGAUCAGAAAACUGUGACAAAACAUCUGACUCUCAAAAGAAAUGUUUUUAUAACUUGUCUAAGAAUAUCAGCUCCUCUGAUGCCAAGACCCUCUCCUGUGCUGUGGCCACAUGUGGACAGAUAUUAUUUGCAAAUGAACUGAACCUUAAAAAUGGUAAAACAGAGGAAAACAACAUGCUGAUGGUCACAAUAGUCACAAUAAUCUGUUUGGUCAUUUCUGUAAUUUGUAAUAUUGUCUUCAUUUUCUUUCGAAUACAAAGAUCAGCAUGUCAACGAGUUAAAGAAAGCUCUUCCUCACCAAAAAGAAACAACUUUAGCCAAAUGGAAAAUGAUACUGAAGCUGGACCUGAUCUGAACUACGCUGCGUUACAUUUAUCUGAUGGCAAAAGAUCAAGAGGGAAGAAAAAGAGAGAGUUGAUGACUGAAGAAAGUGUGUAUUCACAGGUUAAAGGAUCAGCUUGAAAGUGACGUAUGCCAGCUUUCACUGAAAACCUCACUUCUGACAUGAAAGAGCAUACUGUUGCUAACACACAAAAGUUGUGAAUUCAAAUAAAACUUUGAUAGAUGA